GUGUGGUCACGAAGGCGGAGUACCACAGUCGACCUCUCACCGCUUUUCUCCUCCGACCUUGAGCCGCUUGCCCACCCAAACCCUAAGAAGCCGCGAUCGCCGUUGACGACCUCGAAUCGGGGAUUCGAUAGGACGUCCGCCUAGAAAUAUAGGGUAUUGGAAAUCUCUGCCUCGAUCCAAAGCCGGUCAGGUUCCGUUGCCUAAUCCCGCCGAUAUGGUCGGCUCCGGCGGCUCCUCGGCGGCCCGCGUCAGCGGCACGGACCGCUUCUACAACCCUCCGGCGAUCAGGAGGAAGCUUGAGCUGCAGAAGAAGCAGCAGCAGCAGCAGCAGCAGAAGGAGGUGAUGCCGAGGAUUCGGCCGUCCGUGGAGGCGACGGCGACGGCGGCCGAGGUCAAGGUGGUCGAGGACAGAUUUGAUCGCGAUGAUGCCUCUCUGAAGCCCUCUGUCUCAACGUCAUCAUCUCCCUCUCCUUCUCCCACCCCGCCACCGGCAUCGCCGACUCCCGUCGGAAACCUUGACCGGCUGCUCGAGUCCACCACCCCCAUUGUACCCGCCCGGUAUUUCUCCAAGGCUACUGCAAGGGGAUGGAGGAAUGGCGACGAAAUGGAAUCUCAGCCCUACUUUUUCCUUGGAGAUCUUUGGGAAUCUUUCAAAGAGUGGAGUGCUUACGGUGCGGGGGUGCCCUUGGUGCUAAACGGGAAUGAUUCUGUUGUUCAGUACUAUGUGCCAUACCUCUCCGCCAUUCAGCUGUAUGUGGAUACUGGUGCGGCCACAUUAAGAUCGGGGCGAUCUGCUGAGGGAAAUGAUGGGAAUAAUUAUCUGGAUACUAGCAGUGAGGGCAGCAGUGGCAGUGAAGAGAACCACAUAAGAGAAACAAGUUCAUCAUUGGGCACAACUGGCCAUAUUGGCCAAGGAGGCUAUGUAAAUGAUAAAAAUGAUGUUUGUCCGAAGCUAACACUUCCAGCAUUCGAGUAUUUUGAGAAGGACCCACCUUAUGGAAGAGAACCAUUGGCUGACAAGAUAUCAGUUCUUGCCAAUACAUUUCCAGACCUGAAAACGUACAAGAGUUGUGAUAUGCUGCCAUGUAGUUGGAUGUCUGUUGCCUGGUACCCGAUAUAUAGGAUACCAACAGGACCUACAUUAAAGGACUUGGAUGCUUGCUUUUUGACAUUCCACUCACUGGCUACUCCUAGAAAUAAUGCCAGUCCACCUUCAGAGGUUCUUGACUCUUGCACAAACAGGAAUGUCAAGAGCUGCAAUGACAGGCCUGUGAAACUAUGUUUGCCUGUUUUCGGACUGGCUUCAUAUAAAUUCAGGGGGUCUAUUUGGACAUCCAGUGGUCUGCAUGAGCAGCAGCUAGCAAGCUCGCUAUUGCAAGCUGCAGACAACUGGCUUCGCCGCCUACAAGUUGAUCAUCCUGACUACCGUUUCUUUCUUUCCCACUCCAACACAUUUAGGAGGUAGUUGCGUGGAGUCCGACUGCGCCUCCAUGACUCGCUCAGAAAUAUCAUAAAAAGGAAGGAUGACGGAGUUACCCCAGUCUCGCUCGCAUCAUCUUCCACAUGCCUUCGGUCCCCUACUCAGGUACCUUUUGCCUGUACAUGAUUGCUGAUUCGAAGCUGCCUUUUUGGAUCGUCAUCCCAUUCAAAGAAGCAGUCGAGUGGAGAGAGGUCUCACAUUCUUCGAUUCCUUCACCCCUCAUCCACAGACUACUGGCCCAUGGCCGGCGCACUUUUCCUCUCCCGAGUGCUCCAAAGGGGUAUGCCUCAAAAGCCUUUAUCGCCGCUUUCGGCUGCCGCUCCGUUGUCCUCUUCCACGGCCGCCCCAGGCGCUAAGGAUUCUUCCACCCCCUAUCUACUCAUUAUAAGUCCGACGUUAGUCGGACGAAGUGAUCCCACUUUGGCACCCACAACCACUACUACCUCCCCAUGAACGACGCCGCCGAGGCUGCCGACUGCGGCGGCCGCGCAAACACCGCCGAGGCCACCGAGGGCGGACCGGGCCGCAAGGCCGUCGGGUAUCCCUACUCCGCGAUGGUGGCUCAACGGGCUCUGUUCGGCUCGCACCGGCGUCGGGUCGGCGGUAGGAAGGUCGGUGCCGGCGACGGCAAGUCGCAUCCCAGUCGGCUCAGCAAGGUGUCGGCAGCGGACGAUGGCAAGUGAGCCGGUGGUGGGCGUGUAGUUGUUAGGCUUAUGGCUAGUUGUUGUCUCUGUAGCGUAUGGACGCAGUGUAGAUUACCUUCUCGCCGCUUAAUGCACGAAAAGAAUAGGAACUAAGGGCGUGGUUGAAUGCUUGAA